ACGAGAGGGGGAUAGAGAGAUAGAGGGUGAGAGAGAGAGAGAGAGUCCAGGCCCAAAUAAAGCCAUGGGGGCCGGGGCUGGGCUGGACCCCCCACUGCUAUAAAUACGCUGGCCGUCUGGAGGUUCGGGUUCGGGUUUGGUGGUUGGGGCUUGGGACCAGUCACCACCUCUGCUGCAGCAGUCUUCCUCAGGAGCGUCUCCUCUUUGUACUCCUCCUCAUCCUCCUCCACCUCACUCUGGUCAUCGUUGCUCUGGGCUGCCAAGAUGCCUCGCGUGGACUCAGACAUCAAGCUGGACUUUAAAGAUGUCCUCUUCAGACCCAAGAGGAGCAGCCUGAAGAGUCGCUCAGAGGUGGACCUUCAGAGGACCUUCACAUUCCGCAACUCUAAGCAGACGUACACCGGCAUCCCCAUCAUCGCUGCCAACAUGGACACCACAGGGACGUUUGAGAUGGCACAGGUCCUCAGCAAACACACCCUCUUCACAGCCAUUCAUAAACACUACUCUGUGGAGGACUGGAAAAACUUUGCUGCUAAGAAUCCAGAUUGUAUGGAGCACGUAGCCGCCAGUUCAGGCAGUGGCGUUGCAGACCUGGAGAGGCUGUGUGCCAUCUUGGAAGCUGUCCCCGUCAUAAAGUACAUCUGUCUGGAUGUGGCCAACGGCUACUCCGAGUACUUUGUGGAGUUUGUCAAGACGGUCAGAGAAAAGUUCCCUAAGCAUACCAUCAUGGCUGGUAACGUGGUAACAGGGGAGAUGGUGGAGGAGCUCAUCCUCUCCGGCGCUGACAUCAUCAAAGUGGGCAUCGGGCCAGGGUCCGUGUGCACGACCAGGAUCAAGACAGGAGUGGGCUACCCCCAGCUCAGUGCUGUCAUCGAGUGUGCCGACUCAGCCCAUGGACUCAAAGGACACAUUAUCUCUGACGGCGGCUGCAGUUGCCCAGGAGAUGUGGCUAAGGCCUUUGGUGCAGGGGCUGACUUUGUGAUGAUGGGAGGGAUGCUGGCAGGCCAUGACCAGUGCACCGGAGAGGUCAUCGAGAAGAACGGCAAGAAAGUCAAACUCUUCUACGGCAUGAGCUCUGACACUGCCAUGAAGAAAUAUGUGGGUGGAGUUGCUGAGUAUAGGGCGUCCGAGGGCAGGACAGUGGAGGUUCCCUACAGAGGAGAUGUGAACAACACCAUCCUCGACGUGCUGGGGGGUCUCCGCUCCACCUGCACCUACGUGGGCGCCGCCAAGCUGAAAGAGCUGAGCAGGAGAACCACCUUCAUUCGUGUCACACAACAGUCCAGCCAAAUGUUCAUCUCAUAGGGCGUACUCAUGUCCACACACACAGGCUGCAUAGUAUGCACUGUGUGGGUAUUAUGCAGAGUUUAACUCACACCGACACUUCCACAUGAUCACACCAACUUGUUUCUCUCAGGAUAUCUGCCUUCAGAAAAUGUGUUUCCUGCAGGUUGUGAUUCAAAUAAACCUAAAGCUUGACAAUAAUUCUCCAAGAUGAAUAAAAGCUCUAUAAUCAACUCAACCCUACAUCGAGUGCGUUUACAUGCUUAGAGAGCCAUGGCUAUUGAAUGUACACUAUUUAGUUUUCACAUGAGCAUUUCAGAUCUGAUAUUUUAAAAUACUCUUCUAACUUUAGUAUAUGCGGAAUAAACAAGAAUGUUAGCUAUAUGAAACACGUUGCAUGUAAACACACUCGGCAGGAGGAAGCUGGCCCUCAUGCUAAAAUCAUUUGGGGAAAUUGUUCUGCUGUACUGUUUGAUACAAUGAAUGUGCAAAUGAAUAUGCAAGACCCAGAGAUGUCACCCUUUAACUAUCACUGGAGAAAUCAUGCCGCAAUAAACUGCAUGCAGGACCCUCUGCUAUUUUCCUCAGUGGUGUUGAUACAUUUGAAAGAUAUUCCUGAGGAUUGACAACAUAAUAGUGUAGCUCUCCUCAGUGUCUGUGUGCAUGUAUUUUGGGAGUGUCAGGAAUACUGAGCCAAAUCUUGACAUCUGGAUUUAUGUGUCCCAAUCGUUUGACAUGUUUGAUUUACCCUGCUGUGUGUAUAAAACUGUCUCGUCUAAG